AUGACUGCUGUGGAUGAUAACCACAAUAGUGUUGAACUUCAUACAAUACAAACAACAAACGUUCAAGAAAAUGAUAUUAUUAAAACUAAUCAAUAUAAAAUAUCUGAUGAUCCAAAUGAUAAAAAACUUCUUCGUAAACUUGAUCUUCAUCUUAUUCCAACAAUGACUUUGCUUUAUAUCCUAAGUUAUCUUGAUCGAGUUAAUAUUGGACAAGCAAAAAUUGAUGGUCUUAUGGAAUCAUUAAAAUUGACAAGUACUCAAUAUAAUACAUGUCUCAGUGUUUUUUUUAUCACUUAUAUUGUUUUUGAGAUUCCAUCAAACCUAGUUCUGAAAAAACUAAGACCAAGUCGAUGGAUACCAAUGAUUAUGAUCGCAUGGGGUAUUGUAAUGACUCUGAUGGGUCUUGUACAUUCUUAUGGUGAUCUUCUUGCUUGCCGACUUGCGUUAGGUGCUGCUGAAUCUGGUCUUUUUCCAGGUGCUGUUUUUUAUCUAUCCAGUUGGUACAAAAGACGUGAGUUAUCGUGGCGAAUAAGUAUACUAUAUUCUGCAACUACAUUAGCUGGUGCAUUUGGUGGUGUACUUGCUUUUGGCAUCAGUCAGAUGAGAGGCAUCGGUGGACAAGAAGAAGAAUGUGAUCGAACAAUUACUCGUUUACAAAAUGAUGCUGGACCUGGUGCUGGUGAACAUUUUAGUUGGAAACAAGUUCGAGCAGCAUUUCUCGACUGGAAAAUCUAUAUCUUCUGUUUGUGUUAUAUUGGUAUCCUUGUGCCAUCGAAUUCUCUUGCACUUGUUUCGCCUACGAUAGUUCAAGGUCUUGGUUUUCGAAGUUAUCGUGCACAACUUAUGACAACACCUCCGUAUGUACUUGCAUUCAUAAACACAAUGACAACAGCUUAUUUUUCUGAUCGAUAUACAAGACGUGCUAUUUUCAUCAUGUUUUGGUUAAUGAUUGCUAUUAUUGGUUUUAUUAUUUUGAUUUUUGCACAGAAUCUAAGUGUUAAAUAUUUUGCUAUGUUCUUAGCAAUAGGUAGUAUAUCACCGUGUGUAGCUACGUGUAUAACUUUUAUCUCGUGCAAUAUUAGUCCACAUACAAAACGAGCAACUGCAUUAGCAUUUAUGAUAUCUGUGGGUAAUUGUGGUGGAAUAAUUAGUGGUCAAAUCUAUCGAUCUCAAGAUGGACCUCGUUUUAUUCUUGGUCAUGGAAUUAAUCUUGGAUUCUGCGUAUUAGGAUUAAUUAAUGUUAUUAUAUUAUUUACUAGUCUUCGAUUUGAAAAUCAUCGUCGGGAUCGAUUAUAUGGUGUUGUGUCUAAUAGUAAUAUGAGGACAAGUGUUGUAACAAAAGAGUCGAAUAAAGAAGUUGUUGAUAUUUAUGGAUAUGGAAGCGAAGAAGAUCGGCGAAAAUGGGGUUAUGAACAUAUGUCAGAAGAAGACAUUCGAGAUUUAGGUGAUAAGCAUGCUGCUUGGCGGUAUAUCCUAUAA